AUGCCUCGAUUCAACGAAGAGAUUGCCCUUGAGCCCGAUGAGGACCUUUUUGCCACUAUCAUUGAUUUCCAGAGCAACGCUGAAAUCAACGCAUCCAAGCCGUGCAGCACACCAGCCCCCGUUUCGAACGAUGACGAAAGCAUCUCUGACACAAGUACUUUUUCUGCUUUGAGUUUCCUGGAUCCUGCGGGUGAAGAGGAGCUAUCGAUCGAAGAUAGUGGUGAUAGCCCGCCUCCCGUUGAACACAUGUUAUCCAAGCUCAAUUCCAUGAUGAUGCGAUCUAAUCUAAGCAGAGCAAUCAUUUCAAAGAACGUCUUCCCAGACUUCAGCAUCAAGGAAACGAAAAUAUCUUUUGAUUAUUAUCCUCCCAAUUCUCCUACCGGUACGACCAAGUCAAAUUUCCACAAAGCUAGUCCAUCAGCUUCAAAACAUACGCGACGGACUCACGACAAGAUCUCAACAGAUUUUGUACGGCUUGGCUCAAGACAAGAUAGCUCGAUCGGGGAGUUCCUUCGAGCGUCGAAGAAAUGGUAG